AUGACCGCGUCCGAGAAGCCCACAGAGAACACCCAAGUCUCUGCGCUCCACAAAAUCCUCGUCUCGGAGCAAGAGCCUCUUGCGCGCCGCUUCCGCGCCCUCUUCUCUCUGAAGUACCUCGCCUCCCUGCAGCCGCCCAGCGAAGACACUGUGCCAGCGAUCGAAGCCAUUGCUGCAGGAUUCGGCUCGCCUUCUGCGCUGCUCAAGCAUGAACUCGCCUACUGCCUUGGACAGUCACGCCACGAUGCUGCGAUUGCGCCGCUGCGCAAGGUGCUGAUGGACAGGCACGAGGAUGCCAUGUGCAGGCACGAGGCCGCUGAGGCGCUGGGCGCGCUCAGUGACAAGGGAAGUCUGGACCUGCUGAGGCAGAUGCGCGACAGCAAGGAUGAGCCCGACGUCAUCACCGAGACUUGCGACAUUGCUGUUGACAGGAUUGAGUGGGAUCACGGCCUCCAGAAGGGCCAGGAGAACAUCAAGAAGAGCGACUUCACCUCCAUCGACCCUGCGCCGCCGAUGCCGCAGAGCUCAGACAAGCCUUCGAUCCCAGAGCUCGAGAAGACGCUGCUCGACACAAAACUUCCCCUCUUCCAGCGCUACAGGGCCAUGUUUGCGCUGCGCGACCUCUCCUCUCCGCCUGAUCUUCCCACAGCGGUUCCAGCUGUUCACGCACUGGCUCGCGGGCUCGACGAUCCAUCUGCGCUUUUCCGCCACGAGAUUGCCUUUGUAUUCGGACAAUUGUCGCAUCCUGCAUCUAUCCCGAGUUUGACCAAGGCGCUGAGCAACACAACCGAGGAGAGCAUGGUUCGCCACGAGGCCGCCGAGGCUCUCGGAAGCCUUGGAGACGAGGAAGGUGUGGAGGACACUCUGCGCAAGUUCUUGAACGACCCAGAGCAGGUGGUACGGGACAGUUGCAUUGUGGCCCUCGACAUGGCCGAGUUCGAGAAAAACGGGGAGACAGAGUAUGCCAUCAUCCCCUCGCAGGAGACGGCCGUUGCGGCUUAG